AUGGACAUAGCUAUCUUCUCUCCAUCAUCCCUUUUCUUCGAAGAACAAGAUGACGUUCACACCAGCGUUGAGGAAACGCAGAGAAUCAGGAAAGCUUUAAUGGUUAGUUCAACACAAAUCAUGCAAAUUGAUAUUACAACUUCAGAUUAUGAUGAUCAAGAGAUAUUGGAAAACAUAGCUCACAACUGUAGUGCAAAUGAUUUACCUGUCAUUCCUCAUAUUAAACAUACCUGGGGAGACAAGUUUCCAAAUUCUGACCCUGAUUGGGACCUGAUCAUUGCGAGUGACAUCUUAUUGUAUGUGAAGCAGUACCCGAAUUUGAUACAGACCAUUACAUUUCUUCUCAAAAGUUACAAACCGAGAGAGAGAAGAACUACAGUUUCGCAAACUGGGAGUGAUGACACCAAUGUUGCAGGAGAUGUAGUGUUGCCUUGGCCAGCUUUUCUGAUGAGCUGGAGACGUAGAAUUGGAAAGGAAGACGAAUCGAUUUUCUUCAACGGUUGUGAGAAAGCUGGUCUAGAAGUAAAUCAUAUUGGAUCCCGCGUAUAUUGCAUCAGUCUCAUUGAAAAUGAGGAAUCAAACGAAUGCUUGAAGAAAGAAGAUAGUGUUCAAGUUUCCUCAGGAAGAAAAUGA